AUGCCGUUCUUGCAAGAAGACCGCCACCUGCGCGAUCAAGCGACCCAGGUGCGUGCGAAAGUCGUCAACCUGUGGCGUCUGCUGGCCGAUGCAAAGCGAAUCCCGAGCAGUGUCGUCGACAACGGCAUAAUCGACUACAUUGGCGAACGUCUGGAGGAUAAGCAGGUGCUGGUGCGCAAGCCCGCCAUCGCCUUCAUGUCGUCAUUCCUGAAGAACAACGUCUACGGCCAUGACUUCUCGUGGAAGGCCAACACGAGCCAUCUGCAAAAGCUGCUGGCCGAGCGCGAAGCCCUGGUGGCCAAUGAUCCUGAUUUCGACCCCCAGCGCCGCGCCGAGGCGUACGUCGAACGCCACCAUGAUCUGGUCAGAAGCAAUCUUGUCACGGGUUUUGCGACGGUCGAUUGGGGAAGCCAUGAAGAGCCGCUCGACGAAGACGAUGACUUUUCCGACGACGUUAUUGCGGGGUGGCCUGCCUUCCUCUUCCAGGCGGCGGCCGAGACUGGCGACUUCCAUGACCUGAUCGGCAGCAUCGUUCGCCUGUUGAAGCUCGGCGUAUUCAAGGAGCUCGGCUGGGACCUAGCCGAUUACAAUAUGGAGGAUCCCACCGAACAAAACAAGCUCGUUGACGUCAUCAUGGAAUACGCGUGUGAUCGCUGCAUGAAGGAGAGAUUGAUCUCGGAGAAUAUGCUCCCGACCAACGAUAUGCUGAAGGAGGAGCGGCGUGCGGACUGGCUGGAUAAAUUAAGGAAGUGCAAUGACAGCAUUGCCUACAUGCAGACGAAAUUGCAUGCGGCCUCUGCGCUUUCGGAUUCUCUGCAGUCAGCUUUGCGUGGUGCCCUCCACGGAGAUGCCGCCGAAUUGAAGGAGGCCAUCAACUUCAUCAUCGAGUGCAAGAAUUUCGAGAUUUGCGACUCUGACAAAGUCAUCCGGCAAGUCUUCGCCCUCAUCUGGCGCAACAACGUCGAUAUCCAAAAGGAGGUCGUGAACGCCGCACGGAAGAUGCUCAUCUCCCAGAACGAACAAUCGGAUGUCGCAGACCCGGCAACCGCUAGAAAGAUGUUGCAAGUGCUGAAGGGGACGAAGAAGGUUGAGUACAACUGCGUGAGUGAAGUGAUCGAGCGUAUGCUGCGCCAAUACCCU